AUGUUUUUACCUCAAAAGGAUGGAACGUCCUGUUUCGAGUGCAAACAGACGGGAGAUAUUGCAUCGCAAUGCCCUAAUCGUAAUGAAAUUGACCCAACAUCAUCAAGUAACACUUCACCCCCUAAAGAAAAUACUCCAACAGAAACUAACAAGGCCACCCCUCAAUCUAGCAUGGACACGAAUACUUCAAAUCAUGAGACAGAACCAGUAAAUUCCGAACCUCACCAGAAUAAAUGA